UCUUAUCAUUUUGUUUUACUCAAGUGGCGGUGGCGGUCGGAUCAGAAAUAAUGAAGAAACUGAUGAACGACAAGAAUUAAAAUUAUUUUUCAAGUAUAUUAUUCUUCACAUUUCAUAGUUUCUUCAUCAACUCGUUCCUGGUUUAAAAUUUCAGACCUCUUUCCGAACUUGAGAAUGGUAUUUCGUUGACCUGGCUGGUUGAAGAUGUUUUCACAAGAAUUAUUUCACCAACGUUGAAUCUCUGGAUUGCUAUGGAGAACGAAAAGAGUGUGCUUGUUGUUAUUCUAGACACAAGCCUAACACACGAUGUAUUCUGCAAAAGUAAAAUGCGAUUUCCUGAUUACCUGGAUGCUGUGACAGUAUUUGUCAACUGUCAUAUGAUGUUGAAACCGUCGAAUAAACUCGCAGUAAUCAUCGCGGAUACUUUUGAUUGUCAAUUCGUGUAUCCGGAUGAGAAUCUCAGUUUUAAUGCUCUCCGCCAAACUAGCGGUCAGUGUGAAAUAUUCUCACAAGUUGAACAUGCGUUACGAGUGAACGUUUCAAAAUUUAUCGCUCAAAAUGCUAAAAAGGAGAUUGUCAAUACCGAAACCUUGAUUGGUGCCGCUUGUGCGAAAUCAUUAUGUUAUAUUGCUCGAUUAGAAAGAGAAGCAGAAGUUGCCGACUCAUUUAGCUCGAGAAUUCUCAUAAUUACCGGAAGUGAUAACGAAUGUGACAAAUAUGUUCGUUUUAUGAAUAUUAUAUUUACUGCUCAAAAACAAAACGUAACGAUAGAUGUUUGUAGCUUAGAACAUGAUAUUGCCUUAUUGCAACAAGCGUGCGAUAUCACGGAUGGCGUAUUUUUCAAAGUGCCUAAUCUAGCAGCUUUAUUGCAAUACUUAUUGUGGAUUUUUUUACCCGAUCCUGCGAUUCGCAAAAAGUUAGUCGUACCACCGCCGGGUCGUGUUGAUUAUCGUCCGUUAUGUUUCUGUCACAGAGAAUUGAUAGAUAUUGGAUACGUGUGUUCCGUUUGUUUGUCUAUUUUCUGCAAAUUUACUCCGAUAUGUACUACUUGCGAAGUUGUAUUCAAAACACCCGCACCUUUGCAAGGAAAAGCGAAGAAAAAGAAGAAAUAAUCAUUUCCUAUGAAAGUUUUUGUACUCAAGUUUUUCAUUAAAGUUUUUUUAAUUUCA